AAAAAUCCUUCUUCAAUGCAGCCUCCCGGUAGAUGGCAGCUCCGCUGGGCGCGGAGGCAGCGCGCAGGCAGCGCGGGCGGAUGGAGUAGGGCGGGCCGGGGUGCAGUGCCGCGCCCGCUCCGCGCGGGCCGCGCUCCCACUCGUGUCACCGCUCCCACGGCGGGCGGAGAGGCUGCGCCGCCGCUGCCCCAGGUUUAUGUCGCCAUGCAGCACUAUGGAGUGAACGGCUACUCCCUCCACGCCAUGAAUUCCCUCAGCGCCAUGUACAACCUCCACCAGCAGGCAGCCCAGCAAGCCCAACAUGCCCCUGACUACAGGCCAUCGGUGCAUGCCCUCACCCUGGCAGAGAGACUGGCUGACAUCAUUUUGGAGGCACGUUAUGGAUCCCAGCACCGCAAACAAAGGCGAAGUCGCACGGCCUUCACCGCCCAACAGCUGGAAGCACUGGAGAAGACCUUCCAGAAGACUCACUACCCAGAUGUGGUGAUGCGGGAGCGGCUGGCUAUGUGCACAAACCUACCUGAAGCCAGAGUCCAGGUUUGGUUCAAGAACCGGAGAGCCAAAUUCCGGAAGAAGCAGCGUAGCCUGCAGAAGGAGCAGCUGCAGAAGCAGAAGGACUGUGAAGGGAACCACAGUGAGGGAAAGACGGAGCCACCCAUGCUGGAGACCCAGGUCACCACCCCAGACACCGAGAAGGUCCAGAGCCUCCCAAGUGAGGUAGGCACGGACCUCAACCUAACCCUGUCGGAGCAGUCAGCCAGCGAGUCAGCCCCUGAGGACCAGACUGACAGAGAGGAGGAGUUUAAAAGCACCUUGGAUGAAUCUAAAGUGGACAAGAGCCCUGGUGUGGACAGCAAGGCUUUGAACUGCAAGAGGGCAAGCCCAAAAGCAGAGUCCCCAAUCAGCGCGACAGUGACACCUUCAUCCAGCAGUGGCCUGGCUCAGACUCACUCCUACUCCUCCUCCCCUCUGAGCCUCUUCCGCCUGCAGGAGCAAUUCCGCCAGCACAUGGCAGCCACCAACAACUUGGUCCAUUACUCCUCCUUUGAAAUGGGGACACCGUCCGCCAUGCCCUACUUGGGCAUGAAUGUCAACAUGGCGCCACUGAGCUCCCUGCACUGUCAGUCCUACUACCAGUCACUAUCCCAUGCUCAGCAGGUCUGGUCCUCACCCAUCCUGCAGGCCUCCAGCUCCCUUCCAAGCCUGAACAGUAAAACGACAAGUAUUGAGAACCUAAGGCUCCGGGCAAAGCAGCAUGCGGCAUCCCUUGGGCUUGACACCCUACCCAACUGACUGCCCGAUGAGCUACCAUUGCCCACCAGAAGAUGCACCAGAGGUUGGCACUAGCCAUGUCACUCCUUGAACCUGCAACCACCAUCUCAUCUCUUCCUGGAGUAAGGUGCUCCCUUUCAGGGAAAACUUUGCAUUUAUUAACGUCUUCUUAGCACCACGGUUGCAUCAGACAUUGGUACUGGCCUGGUCUUUGUUAACUAUUUAAGGAGGAAGGGGGAGAGGAUGGAUGUUUAGACAGACGAACUGACCUCUGGACUGCCGUGAGUUAAGCCUGUAACGUUCAGGAGAAGCCCCCGUUUCCUCCUCCCCGCAACAAUGUGCCAGCUGUGUUAUAUACACCUUUCUUGUUGUUGUAGUUGCGUUCUUUGGGAAAAGAAAGAGUCCUGCUUUGUCUUGUAUAUAAUUUACAAUGUUGACAGCACCCAUCACCUGUGUGUUACUGUCAGUGUUACCGAACUGUGACCUCUUUUUGCUUUUAUUUCCCCUUCCUUCUCAGUUUUAGUAGCUAGUAUCAAAGAUACAAAUCAGCCAUCCUCCCAACCUCAGCUCUUCUUGGGUCAGUGUCCUAAAGGUGUUUAUGACCAAGAGAAACAAUUGUGAACUUCACCGCUCCACUUCUCCCUUCUCUGCUAAAGCCAAUUUUAUAAUAGCUGGGAAAUGAUGUGAAGGUGAAUUUCCUGUUUAAGCACUUCAGAUAAGGCAAGCAUUUUUUGUUUAUUUUUUAAUAGCACUUGUACAAAGAGAGAGGACAAAACAAUGGCCAAAUGCUGCUGUCUGGGGAGAAAAAGGAAAGCCAAAUUCAUAGGAUUAUUUUUGAUCUAGAUUGUUUCCUCUUUGAUCUUCAGUGAAGUGUAAAUUCCUCUGUUUACAAAUUACAGGGUUUUCUUUUUGGAGAGCAUUUUGGUUCAACUUUGACUAUAGAGAAUAAUAAAAACUUUGUAUGAA